UCAGCUAUUAAGAGGAUAUAGAAAAAGAGGAACCUCUAUUUCUGUUUCCAUUUUUGCAAACUCCCAAGUGGAAAGUUUGGUCUUUUGGCAAUCCCUUUAACAUUUUAUCACAUAGCUACUUUUUAAAAAGCUGUUAGAUGAGUUUGACGUUCUAGAAACAUGUAGAAAUUGCCCAGCAAGAUUUCAAAUAAACCACACUACAUCCUGUUUCUGAAGAGCAAAUCAUUUCCUGUGUUCUCCUUCCUCCUUCCAGUUUACAGACGGCGCUUUGCAGAGAACUGAAGAUGUUGCUGUGGGUCGUUCUUGUUCUGGAUUUGGGGGUUUCUGCCGUGACGCUGCCAGAAAUCACGGAUGAGAACUUCAUCGCCGAGUGUGUGGAGGAGCACAACAAAGCCCGCUCAGCUGUCAGCCCACCUGCAAACGACAUGCUGUACAUGUCGUGGGAUGAGGCGUUGGCCAUUACUGCCAGAGCGUGGGCAAAACAUUGUCAUUUUAUGCACAACGUCCACCUCAGGGAGGUCGGCCGCAUGCACCCCACGUUUACCUCUGUGGGAGAGAACAUCUGGACGGGCUACCCGCCGAAUACGUUCAGCGUAAAGAAAGCCAUUCAAAAGUGGGUGGAUGAAGUCAAGCAUUACAGCUACAAGGAAAACAGAUGCACAGAUGUCUGUGGCCACUACACACAGGUUGUGUGGGCACAAAGCUACAAGGUUGGCUGCGCUGUAGUGCACUGUCCACACGGUGUCAAAAACUUUGAUCGUCCGGGUGCCAUUUUUGUAUGCAACUACGCCCCAGGUGGAAAUUUCAUCGGACAGCAUCCUUAUGCAACUACUGGGGAUCCAUGCUCUGGAUGCAAAGGCGAAUGCAACAACAAAAUGUGUAGUAAUCUACAACGAGAUUCCAGAAAAAGUUACAACUGGGCUCCAGACUGGGACACUGCUUCACCUACAAGCACUGCUGCACCUACAAGCACUGCUGCACCUACAAGCAACACUUUUCUGGAUAUCCUGAUCGUGCGGCCCAUCGCCCUCAUCUUGACAUGCAUUGCUGCAUACGCAGUCCAUUACUUCUACCCCAAUCUCUUCUUCUACGAGUAGAGUUUUUGGUCUGAAGAGAGACCAGGACAAAUGGGCAAAACAAAAAAAACAAUGUAAUUCUGAAUACCAAAGGGUAUCCCACUGGUUAAGAGUUUGCCCUAGACCAGUGGUCAAGGGCCAAAGUCCUGCAACUUUUUUCCUUAAGUUUUGUUUUUGGCUCAGGCAGUCUUUGAGAGUGGUUAAACAGGAGAGUAGAUAAUGAAAGUGGGGGAAGACAUGUGGCAAAGGUCAUCAGGCCGGGACUCAAACCUGUGACGUCUGCUACAAGGACUAAGUUCUCUAUACGUGGGUUGCACUUUGCCAACAGCAGAAGCACAACCUGCAACUUUUAGAUGUGUCCCUUGUCCUGCACACUUGAGUUAAAUGGUAAACAUGCUUCACUAUCAGUUGAAACUGUUUCACUAGAUAAUGUUGGAACUCAUUAGCUCCAACAUUAGCUAAUGAGCUGAUGUUGGAGCCAGAUGUGCUGAAGUAGAGACGCAUCCAAAAGUUGCAGGACACCGACUCUCGACGACUAUCCUAGACCUUGGUAACUGUCAGCUUCUGGUGAAAAUAAUAGUGUAAUGUAACAUGGAUGACAAAAGAACAAUUUAUCAGUAUUCAUAUCAUAAAAGAAACUUUAAUUUUAUAUUUUUGAGUGACCCGACAUCCUCAGUGACACAGUAUAAGCAAAAACAAGAAAUUACAUCUGUCCAAAACUGUCGAAACAGACAGGAAAUGAAGACAUCUUACAGAGAUAAGAGAAACUAAUUACAGGUCAUGCAAGUCAUGUAAGUUACCAGGUUAUCUGGAAGUUAAUGAUGUAUUUAAAGAUGCAACAACUCUUGUUUUAGAGGCUUUUUGCCAGAAUAUUAUCUGAUUUACACACACCCCCACACACAUACAUAUAUAUAUAUAUAAAUAAAAGUAGAGAUUGAAAGAACAAGUGCCAUUUUUUGAGAACGGAUGUCAUUCAGCCAGACGAGGAGUGUUUUAUUCUCAGCAGAAAGAGAAAAGCAAAAGGAUCUUAGAAAGAAAAGAAAAAAAAUGUAAAGUGCUGAAGGGUUUCCCCCAGUGUAUCAUAAGCCUGGUGGCCCACCAUGCUUUACUAGCCCCCACGCCAGGCUAUGCGUAGCGUGUUUUUGUUUUUAGAAGAAAAGAAAAAAAAAAGCAGAUUUUUUUUUUCUUUAUAAAAAAAGCCAGAUUGCAAGCGUCUCUGUUGCUCUGAGCAUUUCACUGGCGGAGCAGAUUUAUUCCUAAAAGAUAAGUUUAUAUAAUUAAUGCAUUUGAAGCCAGGAAAGCGGAAUUGGCGCCCCUUCACGUUGCCUCUGCUUGUUGAGUCUGCGCGAUCUCUGAAGUUUACCUAAGCGCAUCCAGGUUCACUCAAACUGGACACAGGCUGACCAGGUUGAUAUUUACUCCCUGUGAGGAAUUAUGUUUCUUUGGCGAACUCCACAUCAAGAUAAGAGUCUAAACCCCGCCACGUUAGCUCUGGUUGUGCAGCUUUAUGUGAACCGCAGGAAUAACUUGUAGUCGUGCUUUCAGAGGUGCACGUUGAGUGAGUGGUGAGAAUGAUUUAUCUUUGUGAACAAAGAAUUAUGUGUGGCGUUUACAUCUCAACUCGCUGCCCAGCAUGUGGCUCUGUCUGGGCUGAUAAAGUUUAUGUACGUGGUCGCGGCUGGUCGGUGCGUUAGUGGUUAACGAACCAGCGCUAACCUCAUCAUGCAGGUUCAGUCAGGUGAGGAGCUUUCAAGCUCGCCUCGUAGUCACGCAUCAUUUUGGUUUUAUAUUUUAUUAUUAUUUCUAUGAUUCUUUUCCAGGUUACACAAACAUUAGACAAUAUCAAAUGCUUUGUCCAAUUAGUCAGCCAAAGUUAAUGAGUGCAGCAACGCAGAGAUCUGAAAAACUUGCCAUAAACUCGAGCAACCAAAACAGUUUCUGUGGCACCUAUUAAAAACUCAACAGACAGGAAAUAGAAGAGGUACUGAAGUCACAUUAGCAGCAUUAAAUCAAAUCUCCCAUUUGUCGCGCAUCUCUGUGUAUAGUGAAGCGGAUUUAAGUCAUCAUGCAGGGCCGGUCCAAGACUGUAUGAAGCCUUGAGCAGAAUUUGACUUAGGGGCCCUCUUCCUGUUAAAAACAUCAGCAUCUCAAACAGCUACUGUGUUAGAUUUAAUUUGGGAGAGGGGGAGUAGUUUAAUUGGCUAACCUAAAAUCAAUUAGUUAUAAUUGCAGUUUACCGGUUUAUAUUUGUGAACAAACAGAGCUCAAACUCAAAGAUCAAACUCUCAGCAUUAGAUUGUAGCUGUGGUAACAAAACAAACUGUGAAUAUUGCUCUUUGAACUUUUACAAAGUAAACUUGCCAGAUGCUUAAAAUCUUACAUUUAAAUGUUAAGCAAUUUGAAAUAUUUUAAUUUAUGUAUACUGAAACUAUUAAAUCAAACUUAGCAGCAUUGAUCAUUCUCAAUAAACAAAUGUUACAUUUUUACAUCUGUAGUCUGUGUUAAAAUGUUGCCAUUUAUGGGGCCUUGAAGCGCUGGGGAGCUAUGGAGCCGCUGACUUUAUUAGGAUUAAACAAAAGUGCAAAUAAUUAAUAUUCAUUUUAAUCGUAUUUUUUUAUUUGUUGUUUUUAAGACCAAUUAUGCGCUUAAAUAGCACUUCACUGGAGAUGUCUUCCCGUAACAUAAUUACCCAGUAACAUUUUUACAUUUCCCUGUCUACUUAACAUCUUUUAAUACAAAAACACGGUGGACAUCCGGUGGACCCCAGCGGUGCCCUGACCACCGGGCUUAGCAAGUUUUCAGGGGGAAAACUGCUGAUUCAUUCAUAGGUCUGGAUUUCUGGGUUGACUUCUGUCAAAAUUACUAGUAACAAGCAGAUAUUUUUAUACCACACUCAGAAUUUUUAAAGUUGUACUAUCUAUGUGCAAAUUGUGGCACCACACAUACACAAACUCCUCCACAUUCAAGUAACUCAGGUAAAUGUGCAUCCAUAGAUUUCUUCAAGAGACCAUGACAUCAACCACAAAUUCACCGAAGCAACAGAAAAAUUGUGUGCAUCAGGCCUCACACCAAAUGAGCAUCAUCGUUUGAUGGAGGAUUAUGAAAAACAAUGAGGAACAUCACACAAAGAAAAUUGCUACAAAGGCAAAUAACAGAGUGAAUGCGUAAUUAGCCUAAAAUAUAAAUGUGACAAACUUUUAACUAAAGGACGUCCUAAUCAUACCAUUCAAGGAUUUCCCUGUCAUUUUCUCAAAUUAAUAACUUUAAACUUAAGAAUGAACAGUGGAAUCCAUUAUUGUAGCCUGUGCGAAUCCGACAAAGAAUUCAUUCCUUUUUUUUUUGUUACACAACUUAAUAUUUAUAAAUUUUCAUAUAACGUUGACAACAAUGUAAAAAACAAGGAAGGUAUCGACCUAUCUCGCCUUUAGAUUACAAUAUGUUUAACUUCCUGUUUGAGUAGGGAUGCUUUUGUUUUGAAAUGACAUUUUCCUGUUCAACGGUUAGCGUAAAUUCAGCUCAACGGCAAACGACAUACAGAAGUUGUAACGGAGCUUAUAAAAAGGUAUUUUAUUAGCUGCCCCCUUUAUAGCGGCUCAAGGUAUGUUUAUUGACGUAAAUAAGUGUAUGUUUGAAAUAUUGUGUGAUUUAAACUGUGCUUUUGUUGUUAUAUUCCAAAACUAUGAGUUAUUUUAGAUUAAACGAUAUUAGCCGGUACAGUUAUUUAUUUUUUUUAAGCUAAGCUGGUUUAUUGCCGUUAAACCUAAUUAUUCAUCAGGUUUAACUCUCAUGGGUUCAAACGGAAAUGAGACGGUGGGGGAGUUGAAAAUAGGAUGAAAAUAAAAUAAGAUAAACUUCCAGUUGAGCCGAGAGCAGAACAGGGUGAGCGCGACGGAAGAAACCAGCAACGGACAAAAGCAACCGCUCAAACACUGCGGCGGUUGACGCUGAUAACUGACAGGGGCGCGUGCAGGACAGCCAUUGUCGGAGUGCGCGCUCAAAACUCUCACUGCACCUGAUCCACACGAACAACAGCCACAUUCCCAACACCAACCUAACCUACACAUGAACGCGAUGCGCAUGGCGCAGAAACCACCGAUCUGAUCCACACACACACAUAUAUGCCCGCAUAACUUUUUGUCUUUUUAUUAACAAAUUAUAACGACAGGAAAGCAACGCCUACCUGUGUGACGAGGAGGACGCUGAUUCCCAGGCUCAUGUGGUUUACUUGAGAUUUCCCGGGGAGGAUGUGAAGCGACUGCAUUUAUACUCUGUGACAAACGUUUCGUCUGGAUUUAACGGUUUAACUCUCCCAGUGUGGCGUGACCCUGAGGACGAGCGAAGCGACAGACGAUGUCACGGUCUGUCAAUGGAGAAUCGAUGGUGUCCCGUCAGCGGCUCAGUUCCAGAAACUACCAAAAAAAAUAAAAAUAAUAAUAUAAAAAAAAAAAAAAAAGCUCAUCAAAG